UUUUCAGUUUUUCACCAUCAAAACUUGGCCUGCUUCACUAGUGGACUGAUAUUCUUACCAUAUUUUGACCCUACUUGUUUCAUACAAAUGUUUGAGGAUUUGCUUCAGUCCAGGCAUUUUUGGAGUCGUCAUAAGGCUACUUCUUGUCUCUUCUUUUCCUUUCUUAUUUGUUUUGCAUGUAAACUUCUAGGAAAAUUUUUCUGAGGUCUUCACUUGUUCAAAGCAGGAUGAUUACAAGUGUAAACUGUCACUUAAGUCUCAUAGUGAUGAAAACUGUUUAAUAGAUUUGUUCCAGUUAAGACUUUCUUAAGGUCACCUUUAGUCUCAGUUUCAACAGCUUCUGACAAACUUUUUUCAAGGCUUUGCUUGCUCAAUUUGAAAUAGUCUCGCAAACGUUCUUAAAACUAUGCACUGUUGGACAAAACAAAGAAAACAAUUUUCCUGUGACAUCAUCUGUGUGUCUGUACUCUACGAGAUCAUGGACAAUGACCAAUCAAACCACACAUAGCGUCCAUUCAUUACAUAAAUAUAAUCUUUUGACAAUAAGUAAGUGAAUGUGUUUUCUCAAAGGUGGAAAGUGAAACUCAAGUAUCAAGAUUAACACAAUCAGCACAAGAUCAGUAUGAAGUAAACGUGAGAGCUGCCAACAUUGUAAGUUCUAACAUAUUGGGUGGAGGGAUGCAAAAAAUUGCUUGGCUUUUCUGUAGUAAGUUUCUUUCUUAAGUAUAGGAAUAUGUUGUGCAUUUUGAUCAUCUUCUGGAAAGUGUCAAAGGAGGCUUCAGUCUUUAAUCUUGGGUGAUUAAGUGCAUGGCCAAAAUACAGGGGGUUUUUUAGAGCCUUUUAGAAGUUUUGAAAAAGUCCUGAGUCUUGAAAAUUAAGAUAAAUUCUAGAGAAAUAGGAAAUGUUCUUCUUUUUUUCAAAAGAGGAGCAAAUGCUAAAUAUUUAUGUCAAGUGCAUUUUUUCCCUUAGUCAAAAAAAUUUAAUGUUAUUUAAUCUUGACUUUAGCCAGAACAUUUCAAUUACAGAAUGAGAAUCUUAGAACUCUCUUGUGUCACUUUGCGCUGAUGACGGUGGUUUCUGUAUGUGUGCAGUGCAUCGUAGGAAAGCAUGCUUCUGUUGCUCUUCUCUGUUCUUUUUUUUGUAGGUAAGAGCUGGCGAGUCUCUGCAGAAACUUGUGUCAGAUAUGAAAGAGUUUCUCAUCUUGAAUGAUUUUCCAUCAGUGAAUACCAGCAUCACUGAAAGAAGUAAUGCUCUUCAGGAAAUCAGCAUUCAGACAGAUCAGCAACUUUUAGCUCUCAAACAAGAACUGGCCGUUAAUUUAUCUGAACUGGAACAAGCAUACUACUCUUCUAGUUACAGAUAACAUUUGUAUUUAGUUGCAUAUUACAGCUGUCCAUGAACUUGAAGGCUGUAAAGA